UUGGCUAUCAACGAGGGUCUCGCGUUUCAACCUCUUCAGCCCGUCGGUGCUGCUGAUUGGUUGUUGACGUGUUCUCAAACGCUCGGAAUGUCAGUUGAGGAUGGUGUGGAGCCUUGCUUUGCAGGUGGAGCAAGCCUCGUUCUCGUUGGAGUUCGAACUGCCUGGUCGUAGUGUAGAGCCCCCAAGAUGGUUGGUAAUGCUCGGCAUGGACCUUCGGAAGUUGCGACCAUUUGUCUUCAGUAGUGCCCGAGGUCUCGUAAACACUCCGCACGUCUGUUUGCGGCGGCAACGGUCCAAGUUAAAUACAAGCUUGGAACUUCGGAGUGUAUCUGGAACAGCACAGUCUGUGCAGAUGCACCCUUGCCAACGAGCCGUGCACCGAUUGUCAAGGUCCGCGACGAGACAUGGAUUGGUGAGGGAUUCUGUCGUCCGACUCGCAGGAGGGUUUCUGGUAACUUCAUCGGAGGACCACAAAAAUCCUAUCAAGUGGAAUCAGACGACAAGAAUACCACGAGCAUGGCCAUGCGAUCCUGUCUGUGACCUCGAUCGCCUCAUUAAAAAGAAAAAGUUCCGUAACCAACCCCACAACGACAGGAACGACAAGACUGCGCCGAUUUCAUCCCAGGCAAUUCGUAUCCUUCAAUUUUCAUGCUGUGCUUCAUGUUCCGAUAUCAUGACAUUUUAAGUCCAUCCUCGACAAGGAUACCUGCCCUACUGACCUUGUACAACUGUAUCGGCAGGGUUAGCGAGAUCGUCAGGAACUUGUGUUGCUAGUUCAUGACAAAGCAGCUUCGCAACAAAAAGUUUUGCGAGACUCGUAAGUUUUGGAUUGAAACAACCAUGAUGAUCUUCUAGCCCUCAGGAGGAUAAGCGCAGCAGCUUUCCUUUGCUUUGGAAUGUGCGGUCAACGUCCCGAAAACCUUGCUGGUUCAAAGAGCAGAAUGCACCGGGAAUAGCGGAUAGUCAUCGUCCAAACAGAGGGGCCGACGAUCAUUUGGAAACGCAAAGUCGAUUGGGCGUUUAUGGUGUUUUGAGUCAUUUUGGGAAGACUGGUAUUCUCGACCCCCAGUCGUACUCGAGCACGCAGUAAUAGAUGCG